AUGGGCUUCUGGCGGGACAGAGACACAUCGGGAGUGUGGAACCAUAUCGGGUGGAAUGAAAGAGGUGCCGUCGCUGUCAACAAUUUGGCUAUCUCGCCUGGUUAUGUACGGAGCGGGUCCGCUGCGGACACUGCGCCGGACCCUAUGAUUAAUGUUACUGUUUUCCCGGGGGCAGGAAUGGAAGCCCUCAUAAAUGACCACUAA